AUGGCAUCCAAUCCCAACCUUGUUGUUAUCAGUGGAUUUGGACCUUACAGGAACUAUUUUGUAAACUCCAGUUGGGAAGCAGUAAAGGAAUUGUCAAAACUUGGCCUUGGUGACAAUAUAGAGAUUCGGAUUAUGGAGUUUCCGGUGAAAUACAGUGAAGUAAAGAAGAGGGUUAUCAAAAUAUGGACCGAGUUGAAGCCCAUGCUGUCUGUGCAAAUUGGAAUGAUGUCCUCAUCCAAAUCAAUUGCCCUGGAGCAAUGCGGGAGAAACAAAGGCUACAUGGAGAAGGACCUCAGCGGCGCACACCCACAAGGCGGCUGCUGUUUGCUGGAAGGACCGGAAAGAAUAGAAUCCGUCGUUAAUAUGAAAAGUGUCUGCAAAAACAUUUCAAAGCUGGGGGUUGAUGUUAUCCAUUCCAGAGAUGCUGGGAGGUAUCUUUGUGACUAUACCUAUUACAUGUCGUUGUACCACGGACAGGGAAGAGCAGUGUUUAUCCAUGUGCCACCAUUAUCUACAACCUGGACAGUGCAGAAACUGACUCAAUCAUUGCAUCUGAUUAUCCAAGAGAUGCUAAGACAUCCUGCUUCGGAAACUUACACUUCACAGAGAUCCUGA